AUGGCCACAAAGGGAAGCUGGCAAGCUUCGUUUACGUUGCAUGCGACGUACAUUGGUAUCCUGCUCCUCCGCAGGGCCACCAAAACGUCUGCUGGCUGCCGAGAAAGAACCGAACAGGCACGAGUCGUCUCACAAUCUUCCGUCCGCAGUCCCCUCCCAGGCAAUGCAAAAUGUUUAGAUUGGCUCGAUUGGGACAUUGUGCCGACGCCGGGGAUCGUCAGGGAGGAAGAGGAGGAGGAGGAGGGAUAG